AUGACGUGCUUCCGGCCGGCAGCCAUUUUAAUGGAGCCUGUAGCAAAAGGGAUUAAAACAGGAAGUCCCAAGUGCGCAGCCAUACUGGAGGUUCCGGUGGCUGCAUCCGGCUCCGCAAUUUCUGAUCGGGUACCCGCUGCAGCGAAGACUCUGCAGACACCAUCGAUUAUUAAAGCACAUGUGGAUGGGAAGACUACAGAUGGCUACCUUCUCCGUCUCUUCGGUGUGGGGUCCGCAAAGAAGUGCAACAAUCAGAUCAGAAAGACAUCCUAUGUCCAGUAUCAACAAGUCCGUCAGAUUCGCAAAAAGAUGAUGGAAAUCAUGACCCGAGGGGUGCAAACAAAUGACCUGAAGGAAGUUAACAAACUGAUUCCAGACACCAUAGGCAAAGACGUUGAAAAGGCCUGCCAAUCUAUCUAUCCUCUCCAUGAUGUCUAUGUUCGUAAAGUCAAGAUGCUGAAAAAGCCAAAGUUUGAGCUGAGUGAACUUAUAGAGCUCUAUGGAAAUGGGAAUGCUUCUGGAAAGCCUUCAGAGAAAGUGUUCAGGCCUAUUCUAGUUGCCCCAGAGUCCUUAUUCUCCGAUAGUCCUGCAGUUAACAAAGUUAUCAGUUGUCAGAGCAUGUAUGGACAUUUGUACAGAGACUCUUAA